AUUAAGCUGUGUAAACCAAAGAUAUGUUAAGAAUUACUAAUAUAUAUAUAUCUUAGGAUGCCAUAAGCAGUACGUUUAGUCUGCAUUGUGCUACUAAGGACGCUUAAUGUAGAGGUCACAAUCAGAUUGAGUUUUGUUUCUGCAUUCGCUGCUGUUUUGAUGCAGUGACGUCACGACGCGUUUAUAUGCACUUUCGUGAUAUGCGCGCGCUGGUACAAACGCGCGUUCGCGUGGUCAAAGACGAUUAGGCGCCAUAAAAGCGACAACACAUCGCUUUUAUUCAUCGAGCUUUGUUUUUAUGCGAUUUUAUUCAAUUAAUAGUUGUAUAGAGAGUGCAUGUUUCCACCUGCAAGCACUUAACAUGUUAUUUUUAUCCACUGUUCUUGCUAGAGAUGUUCCCUUGACACCUGCAUCAUGUUUCAAAUACAUAUCUCUACUCAACCCCCCCUCACAUGCACUAUGGCCACUUAAGAAGUAACACCCUUUAACAUUUACCCUACAUGAGGUCUGUCUGAGCACAGUGUUGAAAUCUCUUCAUGCACAUCACAGUGAAUGCCGGCUGAAGAAAACCUCCGUUCAGCUUUGAGGAACCAGGAGAGGAGCUGAAAACAGAAGCCGGAUGAAAUGAUCUUGACCUGUGGAUCAGUUUUGGAAUGUGUCGUAAUCUAGGUUAUCAGAUCUGAUAGAUUUCAAGUGCUCCAUUUCCCCCAAAUUUUAUUUAUUUUUUUGCUCUUAUUUAUUAUCAUUUUAUAAUCUUACAUCUGCAAUCAUGGGAGCAGCAGGUUACGGAUAUUAUCGCACCGUUAUAUUCAUCUCUAUGUUUGUGGGAUACAUGCUUUACUACUUCAACCGGAAGACUUUUUCCUUUCUGAUGCCAUCCGUGAUGGAGGAGAUUGAGCUGGAUAAAGAAGAGCUUGGACUGAUCACCAGCAGUCAGACUCUGGCCUAUGCUAUCAGUAAGUUCAUCAGCGGAGUGCUUUCAGACCGGAUCAGCGCUCGCUGGCUCUUCUCCAUCGGCCUCUUCAUUGUUGGUACCAUAAACAUCGCCUUCUCCUGCUCCUCCACGGUCAUGCUGUUCACCGUGCUUUGGUUUGUGAAUGGAUUCGGUCAGGGCUUCGGCUGGCCACCGUGUGGAAAGGUGCUCCGGAAGUGGUUUGAACCGUCUCAGUUUGGGACGUGGUGGGCCAUCCUAUGCUGCAGUAUGAAUCUGGCAGGUAGUCUGGGCCCCAUCAUCACUACAGUGCUGGUCCAGUAUUAUGACUGGAGGGUCAUCAUGUCCGUGUCUGGGCUGAUCUGCAUGGCCGUCGCUGUUGUUUGCCUUCUGAUGGUCAAAAACGAGCCCAGUGACGUCGGGCUGCCCAGCAUUCAGCCUGGAGCUAAAAAGGGCAAGGGGAAGAAGGGAGGCCCUAAUGAUGAAAGCAGUCUAAAGGAUUUCCUGCUGUCUCCUUACCUGUGGGUUCUGUCUGCCGGAUACCUGGUUGUGUUUGGGGUAAAGAUCGCCUGCACUGACUGGGGUCAGCUGUUCCUCAUGCAGGAGAAAGGCCAGUCUGCCAUGAUGGGCAGCUCGUACAUGAGUGCGCUGGAAGUUGGUGGGUUUUUUGGCAGCAUUGGAGCUGGUUAUCUGUCUGACAGGGCUGUUGCUAGGCAAGGGCUGGGUGUUUAUGGCAAUCCUCGUCAUGGGCUGCUCCUGAUGAUGAUGGCAGGGAUGGCUGUGUCCAUGUACCUCUUCCGGGUUACCAUCACACCAGAAACCCCAGAGGAAGCACCGCUGUGGGUUCUGGCUCUACAUCCAGUUUCAGUCCUCACUGGUGUCUCGGAGAAAGAGCUUUGGAUUCUGAUUCUUGGUGCUGCAUUUGGAUUUUCCUCAUACGGACCAAUCGCCUUGUUCGGAGUGAUUGCGAGUGAAAGCGCCCCAUCCAACUUCUGCGGGACGUCCCACGCCAUUGUAGCUCUGAUGGCAAAUGUUGGUGCAUUCAUUGCCGGCCUGCCAUUCAGUACCAUUGCCAAACGCUACAGCUGGGACACAGCAUUCUGGGUAGCAGAGGUCUCCUGCGCCAUAACCACAGUUUGUUUCUUCUUCGUCCGUAACAUGCGCACAAAAAUGGGCCAUGUGCCUAAAAAGAUGGACUAAUCCUCUUAUUAAAUCCAAUCAGAGAGCCCUGCCAAUGUGAGAGCACUCGGACAGGACAUUUACAUGCCAGUGAAGCAUUAAUGUAUAUUUUUAUCACGCAUCUCCAUUCGUUUUAUUAUUAUAAUAAUAUUUGUUUCUCAAGCUUAUUCGGCAGCAAUAUCAGACAUUAUUUUAGAGAUAAACCUUUUGUUACUGUAAAAACAGAAAUGUUUACACACUUUUUGAGCACGGAGAGCUGUUUACUUUCUUAGUAUUUAUUAACAUGAAUCAUUUCACACGAAUGUUGUUUGAUUCGCGUACGAUUGUCCAGUGUUUAAGUUACAUUUCAAGAGCUUUGGUGUUGAAAUGAGCUUAAAUGUACUGUAUUGUUGUUUUGCACUUGAAACAUCUGUCAUUUUGUCACCAGAAUAAGUGGUUUUGUUUGUUUCAGCACAUGUCAUCAAUUCAAACAAGUCACAUGAAACCAGCAGUAUAAUAUAGAAUGUAUAAAAGUGUAAAAAUGUAGUAUAAAAGUUAAUUGUAUGUGUACUUAUUGUUGCUUAUGUGUCAACAGGAUUAUUUUAAAUACUGAA